AUGACACCCGCAUCGCCGGCCCAGCCUACGAAGGCAUGUACGUUCGAUGUUUCCUGCCCGCCCGGCGCGUCGGUGGAUUCUAUCUUCGACGCGGCGGCGGCCAUUGUCGGCACUGCCGAAUUGUUCUCUGUGCAGCAUCUGGGAGGCAGCGACUUUCAGAUGUCUGUUACAUCGUCAUCGGCCAUGAGCCGAAUCGUCAACGCCGGGGCUCUGACCAUCGGCGGAACAAGCGUCCCCAUCGUCCCGCUCGUGCAUCACAUCCGAUACAUCCACGUACUAGCAGUGAACACAACGACCCCCCCCCCCCUCCAUCCCCUUUUCGCGCACCUGCGAGUCAUCACCCUGAACGUUCGGGGCUUCCGCAGCGUGACAAAACAGAUCGAGGUCAUCCAGUUCGCCCGAACCGCCCGUUGCGACCUCCUGUUCCUGCAAGAAACGAACUUCCACAGGCAGCGCGACGUGGACCUCUUCAAGCAGCGGUAUGGGGUGGAUUGUUUCUUUUCAUACGCCACUACACGGAGCUCGGGGGUGGGGGUCAUUAUCUUUAACCGCUCGCUCCUCCGUCUCAGCGCGUGCUGCUUUGACCCCGACGGGCGGUACAUCGCUUUUGAUUUCUUCGUGGACGGCACGCGCUUUCGUGCUGUGGGCGUGUACGCUCCAGCCCAGCGUUCGCAAUCCCCGGCCUUUUUCAAGAGCCUGGACGUCCAUCUGCUCGACGCUCGCCACUGCCUGCUCCUCGGCGACUUCAACUGCGUCGUCGAUUCCCGGCGCGAUGUCAGGGGCCCAGGCUACGGACGCACCACGUGGAACGGCGGCGAGCUGAUACGCCUGAUGCGACACUUCGACCUAGUGGACUGCUGGACUCUGCUCCAUGGCACCGCUUUCGAGCAUACCUGGCAACGAGGAAACUCGAGCAGUCGCCUGGACAGGUGUUACAUCUCCGAGUUUCUGAGCCCCUCUGUCACCGCCUGCUGCGCAAUGAACUUCCCUCCCUCCACUACGUACAUUUCCGACCAUCGUCCGGUACUCGUAGAGCUCCGCUUCAGCAGCAAAGCCAGUACUCAACGCACCUGGCGUCUCGACACCCGACUGCUGCGAGACAAAACAAGCCGCGACUGCCUGAGAGAAGCCUUGCGCCGGUCCCUCCAUGGAGCGGCACCAGACCCCUUGACCUUUGACCGGCUUCAAGACAGCUGGCGGGUGGCGUGCGUGGCGGAGGGUCGUGCACUGCGUCGGCGGCACGCCGAGCAGCUCCGAGACACCUCUCUGCGAAUUCGGAUCGUGCGACGGGGCGGCGCGGGGACUCCGCUAAUGCGGGGCUACCUGCAGCAGCUCCUCGACCGUUACCAGCGACAGCUGCGACUUUGUACCAACGCAGCCACAGCCUACCACGGACGGGUCGGGCCCUCGGCUCACUCCGAGGUGCUGCGCUACGCCCACCGCACCGAAGUGCGGGAGCGACGCGUCCCUUCAGUGCCGACAACCCCAGGCGCGCCAGCAACACUAGGUCAACCGUCGGUCUCCGGUUUCAGCGCCCACUUCCGGGCCCUGGCAACCACCGAAUUGGCGGUGGACCGUGCGACCCUCGUGGCGCACCCCUUUCUACUCGAUCUCCCGCAAGCUCCCGAAGACCUAGCCGCACACCUGCACGAGCCCCCAACCCCGAAGAGGUGCUCCUUGCCCUGUCAAGAAUGA